UGUCUCGCAUUGAAUGUUUACAAUAAAUAUGUGACAAUUACAUUGAAGCACCUUAGCAUACCACAUGAUCGAUGUAGACAAUGUUCAUGUCAUUGCACUUUCUGUAAUGAUCAUUUUGAAAUGGCUACAAUGUUUCUUUGAUUAUAUUGAAGCACCUCAAAAGUGCAACAUGGUCCAUGUAGACAAUUUUGAAUAUCAUUCCACUUUCUGGGAUAAUAAUUUUGGAAAUGCUUUGUAAUGUUGUUUCAGAUGUUUUAUCACUAAGGUAUAAUUUUGCAAAAAUAAAAGGACUGAUAUGUCCCAGUUUCCAAGGAGGGUGGCAAGAAGAUGAAGAGAUCUAGGAAGGAAAGCUGUUCCAUCCAUACCUACAAAGUGAUGAAGCAGGUUCAUCUCAACACCGGCAUCUGCCCCGAGGCCAUGAGCAUCAUAAAGUUGUCCGUUAAUGAUAUUUUCGAGCGCAUCAUGGGUGAGGCUUCCCAUCUGGCCCACUACAACAAGCUCAGCACCAUCAGCUUCUGGGAGAUCCAGAUCACUGUGUGCCUGCUGCUACCUGGGGAACUGGCCAAGCACGCCAUGGCAGAGGGGACAAAGGUGGUGGCCAGAGUGUACCAGUUCCAACUCAAACUCCACAAUGGAUUUUGUAAGAGCCAAUCACACAGUCUCUGAAAAAGCUAUGGCAACAGCUCUAGAAUAUUCCAAACACUGCUUUCAAGUGAAGCAACGCAUCACUUACACUUCCCUUAAUUUAGUUGACUGCAUUCGCUGCUCCCAAUGUGGUCUCCUCGGCAUUGGAGAAACCAA